GUACCUGAACGAGACCAAGGAGUCCUUUGCUCAGCAGUGGAAUGAAAUACAAGAGAGAAAAGGAGGCCGCCACGACCUCAUCAUAUUGGUGUCCAAGCAAGAUGAUCCCAGCGACCAACUCAUCGUCUUCUUCCCCGAUGAGAACAAACGUGUUGGAGUGAAGCCCAUCAGAACACUCGCACUGAAGAUGGAGGAGCAGAGACUCUCUCGAGCCAUCUUGGUCGUACAACAACCUCUCACUGCUUUUGCCAAGACUGCUAUUCAAGAGGCGAGCCCCCAGAUGGAGAUAGAGGUUUUCAACGAGUCAGAAUUGGUAGUGAAUAUCACCCAUCACGAACUCGUCCCAGAGCACAAGCCUCUCACGGCGGAGGAGAAGCGGUUGCUACUUGAGAGAUAUAAAGUGAAGGAAAAUCAGCUGCCGAGGAUUCAGAGCUCCGACCCAGUUAUGAAGAUUAUCCGUCCAUCUGAGACUGCUGGCCGCUACGUUACUUACAGGCUCUGUGUAUAG